CAGGGGCCUCGGCUCCGCAACUGCCACUCCUCCUCGGGGUGUUGCACAAGUUUCGAGGUCACCGGCGACCCCCCCUAGCAGCGCGCCUGGCUCUGGCCCCCCCGCGAAGGAGGACCGGGCUUGUGUGUUGCAUACUUUCUGAGGCGGCGGCGGGGCGGCGGCUCCAUCCAGCCCAUCGGCUCCUCCUUCUCGGCAUGGCUGGCUACUUGAGCGAAACGGACUUUGUGAUGGUGGAGGAGGGCUUCAGCACCCGAGACCUGUUGGAGGAGCUCACUCUGGGGGCCUCACAGGCCACCACGGGUGAUGUUGCUGCCUUCUUCGUGGCCGACCUGGGUGCCGUCGUGAGGAGGCACUUCUGCUUUCUGAAGUGCCUGCCGCGGGUCCGGCCCUUUUACACUGUCAAGUGCAACAGCAGCCCAGGUGUGCUGAAGGUGCUGGCCGAGCUGGGGCUGGGCUUCAGUUGUGCCAACAAGGCAGAGAUGGAGUUGGUCCAGCGUAUUGGCAUCCCCGCCGGUAAGAUCAUCUACGCCAACCCCUGUAAGCAAAUUGCACAGAUCAAGUAUGCUGCCAAGCAUGGGGUCCGGCUGCUGAGCUUUGACAACGAGCUGGAGCUGGCAAAGGUGGUAAAGAGCCACCCCAGUGCCAAGAUGGUUCUGCACAUCGCUGCUGAGGACUCCCCGAGCCGCCUGAGCUUCAAGUUUGGGGCGUUGCUGAAAUCCUGCAGACACCUGCUUGAAAAUGCCAAGAGGAGCCACAUGGAGGUGGUGGGUGUGAGUUUUCACGUUGGCACUGGCUGUCCUGACCUUCAGGCCUACACUCAGUCCAUCGCAGACGCCCGGCUUGUGUUUGAAAUGGGCACUGAGCUGGGCCACAGGAUGCACAUCCUGGACCUUGGUGGUGGCUUCCCUGGAUUGGAGGGGGCCAAAGUGAGAUUCGAAGAGAUUUGUUCUGUGAUCAACUCAGCCUUGGACCUGUACUUCCCAGAGGGAUGUGGUGUGGACAUCCUUGCGGAGCUGGGGCGCUACUAUGUGACUUCGGCCUUCACCUUGGCAGUCAGCAUCAUCGCUAAGAAGGAGGUUCUUUUGGACCAGCCUGGCAGGGAGGAGGAAAGCGGUUCCACCCCCAAGACCAUCGUGUACCACCUCGGUGAGGGCGUGUAUGGAAUCUUCAACUCAGUCUUGUUUGACAACACCUGCCCUACCCCCAUCCUACAGAAGUUUCUCAAGACCCACUCAGAUGUCAGCUCCUCUUUGUAGCUCCUCCUGCCCCUCGUCUAUCACAGGCAGAAGGAGCCCUCCUACCUCCAGGUGCCCAGGCCACAACUUGAUUACAUCCUCAUUCUGUAGCUGGGUUGUUAAAUGUGGUUUCCUCCGGCUAGUCUGAGUAAGCCUCCCUGAUGUGCUCAGGAAUUCACUUUUCCACUGUGACGCACUAGCCCUGCCUGCAUUCUUGUGGUUUCCCACAUCCUUCUGCACUGAGAAAGAACCAGGCUGGCCUCGGGCAGCCAUGCCCCGCGUCAUACAGGAGGGUGGCAGCUGCUUCUCAGUUCCUGUCUCCCUUAGAUCCCCUCCGCCUUCCAGUGCACCUCUUUCUGGUCCAUGCAGUCCCUGAUCCACUCCCCAUUCCCUUCAGCUCCUCAGAUGAACGAGUGGGCCCAGCCCACUACCACACCCCCCAUCCAGAGUCUCUGUUUUGAUUAAUCUCCAGUUGGUGUUGCUGUCUCAGGCCCCACGAUGUUACUGAUCCUCUUUGUGGUCUGUCCUGUUUCUCCUCUGGAUGAUGUUGAAGUUUCUUCCUUUGGGCUGUCAACCACUUACCAGGUCCAGCCAUGUGACCAGAUGCGGGGUCGGGCCCCAGUCUGGUGGUGGAGACAGAUGACAGCACACAUAAUAAGUUAGCUACAAUUGUGUUGGAGUGUGUCAGAGGGACCCAGGAUGGCUGGGGGUUUCUGUACCUUCUUCCCCAAGGAAGAUCCCCUUCACUAGUCAGGAUGGCAGCUUUGCAUCCCUGCUCUUUGUUCCCCAGGACUUUGUGUUUGGACCUCACGUACAGAAAGUCGCAUUAAACAUAAAUCUUGGUUCAAA